GCGCGCGGCGAGCACGACAUUCCACGGGACCCGCGGAACCGCGUCGGCAUCGUCGCUGGGCUCUCGCACCCCGACCAUCCUCGGCCUCCGCCCCUUUGGCUCGUCCCCCCGCGGCCUCCUGUGGGACAGCGUAACCCCGCCCGGGCUCUCGGUGCUCCCGGGGCCGAGCGCCAUGGGCAGCCCCCGCUCCGCGCUGAGCUGCCUGCUGUUGCACUUGCUGGUUCUCUGCCUCCAAGCCCAGGAAGGCCCGGGCGGGGGGCCUGCGCUGGGCAGGGAGCCCGCUUCCCUGCUCCGAGCUGGCCGGGAGCCCCAGGGUGUUUCCCAACAGCAUGUGAGGGAGCAGAGCCUGGUGACGGAUCAGCUCAGCCGCCGCCUCAUCCGGACCUACCAGCUCUACAGCCGCACCAGCGGGAAGCACGUGCAGGUCCUGGCCAACAAGCGCAUCAACGCCAUGGCAGAAGAUGGAGACCCCUUCGCAAAGCUCAUUGUGGAAACUGACACUUUUGGGAGCAGAGUUCGAGUCCGUGGAGCAGAGACAGGACUCUAUAUCUGCAUGAACAAGAAAGGGAAGCUCAUUGCCAAGAGCAACGGCAAAGGCAAGGACUGCGUGUUCACCGAGAUCGUGCUGGAGAACAACUACACUGCACUGCAGAACGCCAAGUACGAGGGCUGGUACAUGGCCUUUACCCGCAAGGGCCGGCCCCGCAAGGGCUCCAAGACGCGCCAGCACCAGCGCGAGGUGCACUUCAUGAAGCGGCUGCCGCGGGGCCACCACACCACCGAGCAGAGUCUGCGCUUCGAGUUCCUCAACUACCCGCCCUUCACGCGCAGCCUGCGGGGCAGCCAGAGGACUUGGGCCCCGGAGCCCCGAUAGGCGCCCUCCCGGCCCCUCCCCGCGCAGCCCUCUGCGGACUCCAGCGAGAGAUCGCGGUCGAGGCACUGCGAAGGGGAGGAGCUGGGGAGCAGCCUUCUAGUUGUGGAUAUUGUUUGC